AUGGCGAAAACCAAAGGUGAAACUGGUUCCGGAAGCACUCAAGUUCCGGCGAAGAAGAAAGCUGCCAAGCCCCGACCUCUGACUAAACGAACCAUCAGACAGACCGCAUCCGAGGAAACAUCUAUCAAAGCCACCGAAGAACCGGUCGUGGUCAGUCAGGCGGAGGAGAUAGGACCAGAAGACGUCCCUGUAAUGGAGGAACGUGAGGUAGAAAAGGAGACCUCGGAGGAAAUGGUCGAGAAAUCGGAAAAAGCCAUGGCGGAAGAACAGGUCGCACCUACCCCACCAGUGAAAAAGCCUAGGAAAGCUCUGAAGAAAGCAACUCCCGCUCAAACUGCCAAAGAGCGGGAAUCCUCUCCAAUCCUCCCUGCACCACAGGCGCCAUCUCUCGAAGAAGGGAAGACGGCGACGGCAUCCGAAGAGGGAGAGGAGGCCACCCAAGAGAUUGAGGUGGAGGCUUCCACCCGUCAAAGCAAGGUGGCAAGGGUUGGAGUGAAAAGGAAGUUGGACGUCACCAAACCUCCUCUGCCCACGAAGACCAGACCGGCGGCAGCCAGAAGUAAGACAAAAGGCAAGGAGGUCCAGAGUAGAAUUAGGAGAGCAACCCCCGCUGAGAAGGGAAAGGGCAAGCAAGCCGAGGAAGAUCCGGAGAGAACUGAGACCGUGGAUAGCUCCAGAUCUGAGGAGGUUUUGGCGCCAAAGAAACCCACCUCCAGUACAGCCACUACCACCAAGCCGAAACUUGCAAAGCAAAAGGGGCUGAUACGCACCACUGCUUCAGGAGCAGAGAAAGUGGAGGGUUAUUUUGAGGGGAUUGGUUGGAGGAAGGUGCUGGAAUGGAAUCCUAGGGCAUUCCAGAAGUUGACGGAGGAGUUCAUGGGCACUGUUGAGUUUAAGACCAAAGGAAACUACACAAUUGAGACCCCAGGUACCUUGCGGUUCCAGAUGCAAGGUAGGGUAUUCCCGCUCUCGAUCAAUGAGCUGAAUAUCCACCUGGGGGUGAUUGAAACCACAGAAGUCUACGAAGAGGAGUACAAGCAGGCGGAAACCAUAGCCACACCAGAGUGGAGAAGUCGGAUUGACCAUUACUGGUCAUUGUUGUCUACCGGAAGAAAGUAUGUUAAAAAUAUCAGCAAGUCGAACGAGAUUCAGGACCCCGCCCUACAGAUCUGCCACAGGUGGCUGGCCUACAACAUCUACGGCCGGCUGGAAGGUUCCAAUGUGGUCACCCAAUAG